AUGGCAUCAGGCAGCCCUCAGAAUGUCAUCCGCAGGAAACUCGUCAUCAUCGGCGACGGUGCUUGUGGAAAAACCAGUCUACUGAGCGUCUUCACUUUGGGUUUUUUCCCAGCCACAUAUAUCCCCACCGUGUUCGAGAAUUACGUUACCGACUGCCGAGUAGAUGGCAAGUCGGUUCAGCUAGCGCUAUGGGACACAGCCGGACAAGAAGACUAUGAGCGAUUACGACCACUAGCAUACUCAAAGGCGCAUGUCAUUCUAAUAGGGUUUUCGGUCGACACGCCAGAUUCUUUGGACAACGUUAAACACAAGUGGGUUACUGAGGCCAACGAAAGAUGUCCCAAUGUUCCCAUCAUUUUGGUGGGUCUCAAGAAGGAUCUCAGGGGAGAUCCAGUUGCCAUCGAAGAAAUGCGAAAGCGAUCCCAACGAUUCGUGAUGGAGGACGAAGGCCAGAGGAUAGCAAAGGAGAUUGGCGCUCGAAAGUACCUCGAAUGUUCCAGUCUUACCGGAGAAGGUGUUGACGACGUAUUCGAGGCAGCCACGCGAGCGGCGCUGCUAACGUUUGAGAAGAAGGAAGGAAGUGGGUGCUGUGUGAUUCUAUGA